AUGGCGACCACAUCACGCCCCUGCGUUGUCGAAGCAACGGCAGGAUGCAAAUGGCGAGAGCGAUCGCCAACUACGUCUGGUUUACGAACGCUGCAGGCCAUGGACGAAGUGUUUGACUAUGCUAGCUUUAUGUGGGAUCCGGGCAGCAGUCUUUGGCAACAGGAAAGCCCAGAUAUGGCAACCACCAUUGCGAUUAGCACGAAUGCUAUAGAGCCCACCGCAUAUAUAAACAGGCAUAUGGAUCCCCUCAUCAUGAAUUCAUACUCUGAUACUGCAACAAUUCAAGAGAAUGGGGACCAGAGUCUAGAUCAGAGCGCAUCUGCUACAAGUGAGAGGCUAAUGGAGUUCUUCGCCAAGUCCGCCACCCCGCCUAUUCUUGCCGGAGUUGAGUCUCAGAGGAAGUGGUUCUCAAUCCGUCAAGGUCUUGUCACAAUGUCGAAAAGCUCUCGCGUCCUACGCUGUUCUAUCUUGGCAUUCUCAAAUACUCUUCUCUGUCGCAGCAACAUGUCCUGGGCCUUUGCCGACCAAAACCACUGCGAAGAAGCCACCAUGGAAGUCGAGGCUCAAGAUCCAGAUUCAUUCAAUGAACAUAGCCUGGCUCGUGAAUGCCUCCUUGCCGCUCUAUUUUUCUUGAGUUACGUUGGGAUCAUAGAAAGCAGGCUCGACACGGCACAUCGUUAUCUCAAACAGGCGUACACAAUAUUCCAGAAGGGGAAUAAAGCCUCAUUCUCCCAUGUUGAAAAGCAGGUCCUUCUUUGGAUCCGGCUAUUGGAUGCCAGGGCAGUGUCGGCCGGUGGGGAGGGAUUAUUUCUGUCAAAAGAUGACGAAAUCGAGCUUGUAGAUGCCUCUCCUGCGAGCUUUGAUGCUGAGACGGAUGAAAUUGCGAGAAGCCAGGAUGCUUCCAGUGACGACAUUGAGGACGUUUUGUUCCAAGUCCUCUACCAACCCGGCAUCGUCUUUUUCCAAAAGGUACAAAGCUUCAUGGGGCGCAUCUCAAAGAUUGAUCCCUGGCAUCGAUCAAGAGGAACUGUCGAAGACGAGAUAGAAGUCAUGAACAUUGGCGCUUCCAUAGCUGCCGACCUCCGAUCAUUGUACGAUCAGCGUCCACCACUCAUGGACUACGCCGUCGCGGGAAAGUUGUCGGAGCCUCACAUCUCGGCGCACCUGGCUUUCACCAUUACGAGAGCUUUUCGCACGUACUUGUCCAACUACUACGCCAGCAAAGUCCAUCUUCAUCGCGUUGCUUACAAGCACCUGCCAUUGACCAAAGAAGCAGCCGAUGCCCUUGGUCAAAUCCGCAAGCUGGCGCACCAAAUCUCGUCUGAUCUCGCUCCCGAUGACUCGCUUCCGGUAAAUAUGCUCUGGCCUCUCUUGAUGCUGGGCGUAGAAGAGCAGGAUCAAGAUGAAAAGGCGUGGAUUCGAGCUCAGAUUGUGAGGAUGGAGGGCGUCGCGGGGAACGCAAGAAUCACGGCGCAAGUCCUUGAAGAAGUCCAAGCUCGCCAAGAAGCAUCAAAGUCUCGUGCUGACAUCCGAUCCGUGAUGCAUGCGGUCUUUAACUCCUGUUUUGCAAUCUUGUGA